UGUAAUUUGAGCGUUUGAUGCAAGUCAAUUCGAAUUAUUGUCUCGUACAUUUUUAAUCAAGCAUAUUUAAGAUGGGCCAUUUCAAAGUUUUGAUGUUAGCCGCUAUGGGAUUGGGUGCAUUGUAUUUAUUACAUUUAUUAGCACAAGAUUACAUGAAAAUUCGAAAACCAGCUGCUAAACUUGCGAAAUUUCUUCUAUCGAAAAGAGACUUGGACGCGGUCGAAAAAUUUGAAAUCGACUGGGAUCGAGUACUAAACAAUGACCCAUUGAAAUGUGCCCGAUCGUUAAUUUGUCAAAUAGUAGCUGGAACUGAAAAGACCAACGAAGAUGCCAUAAUAAUAAAUCAUUUAGUAGAAUACGCAAUGACGACGGGCGUGCCAAAAGAAAUCGAAUUAGCAUAUACUCGUGGCAAAAGUUCGGUGAAGUCGUUUGAACUGUGUUAUAAACAUUAUCCAUAUUGUCCAUAUUCAGCGCGCACAAUGUUAAAGGUUUUACAAAUUUAUACAUACAUUUUUGGUGGAUAAAGUACCAAAU